GCCGCGCACCCAAAUCCCAAACAAUUUAACUUCUCAUGACUAAGCCUCUGAUUCUUUCCUUCCUCCUGUGGCAUUUACUACUGCUUCUCACCGGACCAUGUCGCCGGAACCUCGCCCAGGCAGCCGGUGGCACGUGGUCCCUACUGAGACCCAACAUUGGCAUAUCAGCCAUGCACAUGCAACUCCUCAAUAACGACCGCGUGGUCAUCUAUGACCGUACGGACAUCGGUCGAUCCAACGUCUCAUUGCCGGACGGUAAAUGCCGGAACGACUCUAACGAUACCGCUCUGAAGAAUGACUGCACUGCUCACUCAGUUGAAUACGACGUCGCAACGAAUUCGAUACGUCCUCUCAUGGUUCUCACCGACGUUUGGUGCUCCUCUGGCGCCGUCAUGCCUGACGGUUCUUUGAUACAAACCGGCGGUUACAACGAUGGCGACCAUGUGGUUAGAUUGUACAAUCCGUGUAGUGGGUGUGAUUGGCAAGAAAUACAGAAUGGCUUGACUCAAAGAAGAUGGUAUGCGACCAAUCAUAUCUUACCCGACGGCCGGCAAAUUAUAAUCGGCGGUCGAAGGCAAUUCAACUACGAGUUUUACCCGAAGACCGCCAUGGCCACAAAAGCAUAUAACUUCCCAUUUUUAGUCCAGACCACUGAUCCAGUGGUUGAGAAUAAUCUAUACCCCUUUGUUUUCCUUAAUGUCGAUGGGAAUUUAUUUAUUUUCGCGAAUAAUCGAGCUAUAUUGUUCGAUUAUUUAAAAAGUGUUGUCGUCAAGAGAUACCCGGAAGUGCCCGGCGGGCAACCUCGGAGCUAUCCCAGUACUGGUUCUGCCGUUCUUCUUCCGGUGAACAUUAACCUGCAAGGACUAGCAGUUGAAGCUGAAGUUCUGGUUUGUGGUGGAGCACCAAAAGGAGCCUACACCAGCGCCGCAAACGGUAACUUUCUUGGAGCGUUGAAUUCCUGUGGAAGGAUCCGAAUUACAGACCCCUCACCUCAAUGGGUCAUGGAGACAAUGCCUAUGGCUCGAGUCAUGGGUGACAUGCUAUUGCUCCCAAACGGUAACGUGUUAAUCAUAAAUGGUGCAGCGGCGGGUGCUGCCGGAUGGGAAUAUGGUCGGAACCCCGUUUUGAAACCGGUCAUUUACCGACCCGGUAACUCCAUUGGGUCUCGGUUCGAGGUACAAAACCCAAGCACCAUACCCAGAAUGUACCAUUCCACGGCGGUUUUGCUCCGUGACGGUCGGGUUCUUGUGGGUGGGAGCAAUCCCCAUACUUAUUACAAUUUUACUGGGGUCCUUUUCCCUACAGAAUUGAGUUUGGAAUCGUUCUCGCCUUCGUAUUUGGAUCCAGGAUCCGCAAAACUGCGCCCAAAUAUCAUUUCUCCCGUUUCCCAAUCAAAGAUCGGGUAUGGUCAGCAAGUCACUGUUCGGUUUUCAGUCAUGGAGACCCUUAAUGGAAAUAUGGUCACGGUAAGAAUGGUAGCACCAUCGUUCAACACACACUCUUUCUCAAUGAAUCAGAGACUGCUGGUUCUUGGUGGCGGGACGGUGGCGGCGGUAGGGGGAUCAUCGUAUGAAGUUAAGGUAGUGACACCGGGUUCGGGUAAACUUGCACCAUCUGGAUAUUAUCUUCUAUUUGUGGUUCAUCAGGAUAUUCCUAGUAGGGGUGUUUGGGUUAAAAUUCAGUGACAGUAAGUGUUCAUUUAGACUCCAAUAAUUGACACUGAUUCUAUUAAUCAAUGUCGUUGAUUUAACUGUGAAUCCCAAUAUUUAUUGGGAUCAAUUAUUUAUUCAAUGAUUGUGAUCAAUCGAAUCAACAAAUUGUGUUAAUUUUUAAAGUCCAAAUAAUAUUUUCCUAUUUAUCUUUUGGGUUAUUUGACAAUUUUUUCCCCCUGGGGCUGGGAGCAGGGUUAAAAAUAAUUUCAACAAAUUUUUGUAUUUGACCGA